AUGUGCCAAAUCGCUGAGUACUACUCGGACCGUGAGCUACACCACGACUAUCCAGGCCCUAACGAACCGAUCGAGCAGGCAUGCAGUAAGCGACGUGGGGCCUGCGUUGGCACGGUUUAUCUUGGAAUCAAGCACGCCAACUACUCUCGAGCUUGA